UCCAUCACCAGUUUUUUUUUUCUUUUUUUGGGUAGAAGUUUGUUUUCUUUUAGUCUCUCUAAACAUAGUAACUACCCCAUUAUUCAAUUUGGUUUAUUUCAAAUUGUGGGCUUUGAAAAGCUUCCACUUUUAGAAAAUCUUUCUAAUCAAGUUUUCAGAGCUCUUCUCAUUUUUUCUUGGAGUCAAAAGUUAGUAGUUGAUUACAGUGGUAUUCCUCAGUUUCGUUCAUUCUAUUCUGUUCCAGGGAUUAAAUAUUGUGGUUGAAGGGGUGGGGGUGAGAUAGCUUCAUAAGAGACCUUGAAUUUCUUUAAGACGAUGAUUUUGGCACAUAAAGGAUGCACUCUGUUGAAGUGUCAUCUGACUCUUGAUAAAAAAUAUAUUGUAGACAAAAGCUUCUAUUUUUGGAUCUUUCAGGUUUUUAAUAGGUAUAGUUUCGGUACUUAGCACAAGUUCUCACUAUAUCAUUCCAAAACAUCCUGGAAACUGCAACCUUUUUUUUUUUUCUUUUUCAAUUUUUCACUAUAAAGCUCUUGGCUUUGUUGGGGGAAAUUUUUGGGUAUAUUUUUGUGUUGUGUUAAACUUGGAUUGGAAGAGACUAGAGCUUCCUAUAGCUUUGUUUCUAAGUUUCAAUUUUUCUCUAUUUUUGCUGAUAUAAGUAAGGAACACAUAAAUUUAAAAUGGGAGGGGCAUCACUGCCUCCGGGUUUUCGUUUCCAUCCAACUGAUGAAGAACUGCUAGGAUAUUACCUAAAAAGAAAAGUGGAGGGGCUUGAAAUUGAGCUUGAAGUUAUCCCCGUGAUUGAUUUGUACAAAUUUGAUCCCUGGGAGUUGCCGGAGAAAUCGUUCCUACCAAAAAGAGAUUUGGAAUGGUUUUUCUUCUGUCCACGGGAUCGCAAGUACCCAAAUGGAUCACGGACAAAUAGAGCUACCAAAGCUGGGUACUGGAAAGCCACUGGAAAAGACAGAAAGGUUGUAUGCCAUUCUUGUCCACACAUAUCCACCACAUCCACUGUGACAGGUUUCCGCAAGACCCUUGUUUUCUAUCGUGGAAGGGCCCCCUUAGGAGAUCGAACGGAUUGGGUCAUGCAUGAGUAUCGCCUAUGUGAUGAUAUUGGCCAAGGCUCACAGGGUGCUUUUGCUUUGUGCCGAGUUAUUAAAAAGAAUGAGAAGGCCAAUGAUUCCCAAGGAGAACAAAAGGGUAAAGGAAAGGGUGAGGGCAACUCCACCAAUGGGAAUGACAACUCAAUGAGAUUCUCCGACCAGCUUUCCAUUAUCUCUGGUGACAUUUCCUCUCAGGUUAGUCAACUGUGCAGCGAGAGUCGUUAUUCAAGCCCUAUUGAUUCUCCUUACAAUGUGGCUCCAGUGCAAGCUUCCUUGGACACCAAUCCUUCCAACAUCUGGGUCUCCCCUGAUAUGAUUCUUGAUUCUUCAAAGCUGCAGGAAUACUGUCAAAUUCAAGAUGGUGUUGGAUUCUUUCCACAGUAUGACUUACCAAGUACUAUGUUUGAACAUACAGAAAUUUCACCCAGUUCAUCAUACUCAAAUUUUAAUGUGGAAAUUGAAUUUGCUGAUGAUCUCAGUCGAAUUGGCUGCAUGUCACCUUAUUCCGGACAAGGAAACUUCAUGGACUUUUAUGGAAAUGCAGAUGUGACUUAUGAAGGUUAUGACCAAAUUAAUUCAAUCGGGGACCUUAAACAAUUCUGAAAAGAAAAGGAAGACCACUCUCCUUUUGCUUGCAGAUCAGGAUGUUUAGGAAAGCUUAGUGGUCUAUGAUUGCAGGAAGACUAUUUAAUGAUUUUGGUGUGAGGGUCUAAAAGGGAUCUCUGAGACUGCGCCUUUUAAUGUAUGUCUUGGAGUGAGAAAUAAUGAGUACAAUCAAAUCACCUUCUUAUGCACCACGCGGAAACUGUUAUCUGCUUGGAAGUGCUCUUGACUAUGUUUAUCAUUAAUGCUGUCAUGUAGGAUGCCCGGGUGACAACACUUUUAUCGAUUUCACCCGAAGUUGGUUUACAUUCAGUCAUUGUAUGUGUGGCUUUAUAAAUCCAUCUUAUGUAAUGGAGGAGGACUUCUUAUAUAUGUUGUACCCCCUCAC